AAACUUUGAUUAUAUUUUGUGUAUUUUGAGCGUGGUGUAGAAAAAGAAUUGAAAAAAAUACUCCAAUGCCUUUGCAAAAUUUGUUUUUAUAUUAAUUCAGUGUUUAUAGACUAUUUAUUAUUUAUCUAUUGUAUUAAAAGUAAUGUGUUUAUUGUUUUUUUCUUCAAGUUUAAUAAUUUAUUUGCAAUAAUGGGAAAAAAACGAACACAAGAAAAUGAUAAUGAAUAUGAUCCGGUUUCGAAGCAUCUUCGACCAGCUCAUAAAGUUAAUGAUGAAAAACGUUUAAUAAUUAUUCUAGAAAAUGCUCAACUAGAAUCGGUUAAGGUGGGAAAUAGUUUUGAGCUUCUAAACUGUGAUGAUCACGCUAAUAUUUUAAAGAAAAAUAAUCGUGAUCUUGGAAGUUGUCGACCUGACAUAGUUCAUCAGUGUCUUUUAAUGCUUCUAGAUAGUCCUCUUAAUAGAGCAGGAUUAUUACAAGUUUAUGUCCAUACUGAAAAAAAUAUAUUAAUCGAAAUAAAUCCUCAAACGAGAAUACCGAGAACAUUCAAGCGUUUUGCUGGCUUAAUAGUUCAAUUACUGCACAAAUUUAGUGUUCGAGCGUCCGAUGGACAUAUGAAGUUAUUAAAAGUUAUCAAAAAUCCAGUAACGAAUCAUUUACCAGUUGGUUGUCGAAAAAUAUUAACAUCUUAUAAUGCAGAACAAAAAGUUGAUCCUAAAAAACUUGUUCCUUCUACUGAUGAACCAAUUGUGAUUGUUGUUGGAGCGAUGGCUCAUGGUCAGGUAAGCACUGAUUAUACCGAAGAUACUGUAUCUAUAAGCAGUUAUCCAUUGUCUGGAGCAUUAGCAUGUGCUAAAAUAUGCACAGCUUUUGAAGAAGUAUGGAACGUAAUGUAAAUAUUUUUUUAAUAUAAUGUGAAAGGAGAGUAAGAUAUAAUUUGUAUAUGAGAUAUAGAAUAAUGAAAAUAAAAAAACGAUUUUUGAAAGUUA